ACCACCCAGAGAAGUCGGCGGGCUCUCGUGCUCUCCAGGACGGUCGCGCCCCGAAGCCGAAUCCGACCUGGCCCUGGUGCACCGCGACGCGACCGAGAGGCGACUCGAGACCAUGCGAGGGUGAGUCCCGGGGCGACGUGGAGGAGGAGCAGAACCCUUCUCGGAGCCGAUAUCAUGGAGGAGGAGCCGGUGAUCCGGAAGUCUCAGGCCAUGAGAAACAGACCGCGGCGUCUGUCGCGCCGCGAGAGACGGCCCCUUCAGGUAGGACUCUUCCUGGUGUACGUGGUGAUGCAGCUGGCGACAUCGACAGGGCAGACGACGAACGAAAACGGGGGUGUGAACGAGAUGCCUCCACCGUCACCUGCGAUGCCUUCUCCCUCCCCUGCAGCGCCGACGACGCCGAAGGCGGCGCCGGAAGCCCCGAAGCCGCCCACGAGGACCCCCCCGAACAAGGGACCGGGACAGAAAGCGGUGGUCCCGGGUGGUGAAACCAUCGAUAAGCACGCGGAGCCCUCGAAGCCCCGAGAACCUUCCAAAGAGCCCGGGACCAUGUCCAAGGAGUCCCCGAAAAAGGUCCAGGGGGUGCUCGGCACGACUGCGGCCCCGACGAGGACGACGCCCUACGUGGACCUUCAUCCUACUUGGCGGCCCAGACGAGAGAAUUGUUCGCCACCGGCCAUCGAGCAAUUUCCUCGACCCCUGAUGGGUCCGGGGGCGAGGAAACACGGAGGCUUGAUCAUCCACGUGCUGGUGGCCGUUUACACCUUCCUGGGCCUGGCCAUCGUCUGCGACGACUACUUUGUCGCCAGUCUGGACAGAAUAUGUGAAGAACUACGCUUAUCACCCGACGUGGCAGGCGCGACCUUCAUGGCUGCCGGGUCGUCCGCUCCCGAGCUGGCGACCGUCGUCAUCGGGGUCUUCUUCGCCAAGGACGACAUAGGUGUCAGCGGCGUUAUCGGGAGCGCGGUCUUCAACAUCAUGUUCGUCAUAUCGGUGUGCGGUCUCUGCUCUGGCACGGUCUCCAAACUGAACUGGUGGCCGCUUUGUCGGGACUGCUUCUUCUACGCCAUCUCCAUCCUGGUGAUGCUAGGCACGAUCUUCAACGAGAGCAUAUCCUGGAUGGAGUCCCUCUUCAUGCUGCUGAUGUACGCGGUGUACUGCAUCGCUCUGUCCUUCAACGCGUCCUUGGAGAGAUGGGCCAAGUCCUACAACAUCCCGUUCCUGCCCAAGGAUGACGACCCUGCCGAGGAAAGCGCCCUGGUGAGCUACAGAUCACUUCAGGAAGAGCGGUUAUCCUAUACCGGACCCAUCUCACCGGUAACGGAACAGGUCAAGGCGCAGGAAGGUGAGCUCUUCAAGAUGAAGAUCCCCUUUCGACCUCUUCCUUCUUCGACCACUUCUUCCGGGAACCCGAUGGAGAUGGACCAACCGCAUCAGCAACAGCCGCCGCCGCCGCCGCCGCCGCCGCAGCAGCAGCAGCCAGUGGCGAAGCAGGCGCCGCAAUACUACAAAGCCAAGGAUCCAGAUCCAAACGAGGUGUCUCCUCUCGUCAUGCCCGCUGAUGCUACUCAAUGGAGAAAAUUCACGUGGGGUCUGGUCUACCCCAUCCACUUCAUGUGUCGAGCCACCAUGCCGGACUGCCGCCAGGACAAGUACCGGAACUGGUACCCCUUCACCUUCUGCAUCUCCAUGAUAUGGAUCAGCUUCUACAGCUACAUCAUGGUGUGGAUGAUCACGAUAAUAGGAAGUACAUUGGGGAUCCCCGACACGGUGAUGGGGUUGACGUUCGUGGCGGCCGGAGUCAGCGUUCCCGAUGCCUUGUCAUCCCUCGCUGUCAUUAAGGAGGGCCUCGGCGACAUGGCAGUGAGCAACGCGGUUGGCAGCAACGUCUUCGACAUCCUGGUCUGCCUGGGGUUGCCCUGGUUCAUCCAAACGGCCAUGAUCUCUCCUGGUUCCCACGUCAACGUCACCAGCAGAGGGUUGACCUACUCGACGAUAUCUCUGCUCUCCACCGUGGUGUUUCUGGUCCUGGCGACGCAUCUGAACGGCUGGAAGCUGGAUCGCCGAUACGGAGUUGUGCUGAUGAUCUGGUACCUCGUCUUCAUAGUGUUCGCUUCGCUGUACGAGCUCAACAUCUUCGGAGAGAUGAAUCCACCCGUGUGCCCGAGCUCGUUCUAGACUCCUCCAGGUCCGCCCCGGUGCCUUCUUCGAGGCCCGUAAGUUCCACCCGAAGAACUUCCUAAACAGUGGAGAAGAAGCUCCUGAAGAAUCCUCCGUGUCUCUCCGCUACUCCACAACCUGGAGAUCCGAGCUAAAGUCGAGGUCGGUGACACUUCUUCGGAUGACCCUGCCACGUGGCACAUGACAGGCCUCCGUAUAAUCCAUCAGUAUUACGAGUGUUACUUAUUAUUUAUCUCGCUGGUAUCGACCCGUAAGCCGAUAUCGCUGCACCAAAUUCGGGCGUAUGGGGGAAAAAGAAUCCAAAACUCGCGCAAACGUCGCGCGCCGAUAUUCUCCUCACGGCGCAUAGGAUAAUACCGUGAUGGUCCAAUUUUCUCAUUGAUCUUCUUCGAUUUUCUGUUGAAAACCGUUGCAGGAUCUUCGUCGAUUUCUCCGAUCGAUAGGAUCGAUGCUCCAUCGGUUGGAUGCAGGCUCGACCCCUCCUGCCCUGACGCCCUUCCGAGGCGACGAAAAACCUGAAAAUAAAUACGAACCGUAAACGACGGUAUAUCUAAAUACAAAAAGUCGUUCCUAUUUAUCGUAGAGUAAUCUCUAGGUCCUAAUUCUCAGGCGUACUAAAGCACAGGGCGUGAAUAAACGUGAAAAAGCGAGGAAAUGAAUUUCUACCCCGUUCUCUCGGGACGCCAGGGCCAGGCGGGUUAAAGUGACGUAAAAGCGGUAUCCGAGAGGUCGAUCGUUUAUGGGACUUUCCUCCGGACCGGGUGUACCGAGUCGUUCGAAACCUCACCGCGUGAGUAUGGAGGCCCUAAGGAAGGUCUGGACACCUACGAAAUUGCAUUUUUUAUAAAAAAAAAAAGAAAUUUAAAAAUAGUUUAGAAGAAAAAAUCAUUUAGGAAC